GUGCUUUACAUGCUCUAGCAACAGCUGCACGUUCUGUGAUCCUUAGUUUUCUUGUUUUCUGUUUUUAAAAUGCCUACAGUGAAAAAAUUUAUGCUAACUUACGAUGAGUUAAACGAGUAUGGGGCGUUUUCGGAGGGGGACACUAUAACAGGGAAGGUUACACUGGAACUAGGAAAAGAAACCAAGAUCGAAAGCCUCUUCGUAAAACUUAAAGGCGACGUUAGAGUUCAUUGGUCUGAACAAGAUGGAGAGGACUCCAGAAGCUACAGCGCGCACACGAGACUGUUUAAACAGAAGCAGCUUCUCAUCAGCCAAGAGUCCAAUGACACCAAACGUCCUGCAGGGAUUCAUAUGUUCAAAUUCAGCUUGAGUAUACCACAAGGAAAUAUGCCCUCAUCCUUUCAAGGUACUUAUGGAAAGGUUGUUUACAAACUUGAGGCCAAGCUGUCGAGAAGCUGGAGGAUGGACAGUACAGAUGAAAAGGAGCUUUGUUUUCGGUCAAAGGCAUUUCCUCAUAUUGAUCAAAUGAAUUUGCCACAGGUCCGCUCAACAAAUAAAGAAGUUGGUGUCUUCAGAAAAGGGACAGUGCAGAUGGAUGUUACAGUUGACAAGAGAGGUUAUGUCCCAGGUGACUCUGUGUUGAUAACUGCAAAAGUCAAUAAUUCCUCAUCCAAAGAUGCCACACCCAAAUUCAGCUUCAUUCAAGAUGUGUUGUACCGAGCAAGUGGAAAUACUAAGCAUGAAAAAAAUCUAAUUCACAAAGAAGUCCAAGAGUGUGUUAAACCUCAAACUUCUAAGGAACUCAGGUUUUCAUUCAAGAUUCCUUCCAAUACACCGCUGUCCAUUGAGAACUGUGACAUACUGUCUGUGGAGUACCGCAUUAAGGCAUAUCUGGAUAUCAGUUUUUCCUCUAAUCCAGAGGUUGUGUUUCCAGUGGAUCUUUUCUGGAUCAGUCCUCAUUCUACAGGUGGCGCGGUUGGAGGCCCGAGUGCCAGUGACUUCCCCGCUCCAGUAUCUUUUGCUAGUCCUUAUUCUCCAGCUGCAGGAGCAUCUCUGUAUCCAGCAACAUCUCAAUACCCACACAGUCCUGCAGUGUACUCCGGAGCUCCAAGGACAUAUCCUGGAAGUUACCACAACCCUGUUCCUCAGCAGCCAGAUGCAUACGGAUCUCCAUUUUCCUCGUCAUCAUCAGCCUCUGUUCUUUACCCUCCUCCUCCCGCUGGGCCAGCACACUCCCAAUUCGCUUCAGCGCCACCAACUUACAAUACGCUGGAACCUCCUCCACCAAGUUACCCCUUAGCCCCACUUUCCUCUGGAGUAACUGUGCCUUCUGCCCCUGUGAUGACUGAAAACUUCCUCUCCCAAACAGAUGAGGAGCCUCCAUCGUAUGAAAUCCUCUUCCCCUCAUCCAAUGGUUCAAAUUCUCACCCAAAAUAGUUAAAGGUUCCCUUUGAUCAAAUUGUAAAGGUAUUAACUGCUCUAGCUAAUACAACAGUAAUAAUAGUUUGCAUUUUUACAUAUAGCCUAACUAAUCAAAUGGAUUUAAUAGGCUGGGUCCGUGUUUCAUUUCAAUACUCUAAGAUGCUUAUGGCACUCUUAUGUGAUGAUGUCAUAAUUUUGGCUACUUCCGGGUGCACUUUCAUCGCCUUUCACUGGUAUCAUAUUGGUGUUUUCAUAUUUGAAACUGCAGUGAUGAGCAUUCUCUCAUUCACCUCUAGAGAUGAUUUUCAGACAUAUGUUACCAAAUUAUAUUUACCAUUAUUUUUCUAUGCAGUGUUUUUUUUGUGUCACAACUAUAGUAUCAAAUUGAACUGGAGGGCAGGUCAGAAUUCUACGGUGAAAUGUGCUGUGUAACUCUGAUAUUCAGAUUUGUCAGCCUGGUUUAUGGUUAAGAACUCUAUAAUUUCUGGGCCUAUCAACAUGAAACAAACAGACACAAAGUGCAAAAUCUACCCUGACAUAAAUAUCUAUAGCUUCAGGAAGGGGUGCUAUUAUUCAACUCCAAAGAUGUGUUGGACAAACCUUCCAACUUCACACAGAAUCAAACAGAAAAUUGUGCCAAAAAGUAAAGCGCUUAACC